CCCCCGCUUUUCCCAGAAACCGAAAACGGUGCGUUUCGAGUUUCAUCAAAAGUCAAAACCCUGCCCCUUUUUACACACAUCAAUUAUCAUCAUCUUUAUUCGCACUCUCCUUACUCCUUAGUCCACACUUGGAGCGUCGCCUUUUACUACAUUCUACGUUUUCGUUCUUGGUGCUAACUUUUGGAGAUCGACAGAAUGGCGUUAUUUGUUUCUACCGAAUGUUUCCUUCCUACCCAUCAAUCUCAGCUUGGAUUUGUGCAUCAUGAGGCUCAAGAUCGUUCUUUUUUUGGCAAUAGCAUCGUAAACUUUCAAGAUGCCUCUAAAACUCCACAGUCUCUCUCAUUUGCGGGUUCCCUGCGAGAUAUUAAGCCUCAAGUUGCUGUUCGGAGAAAGGGUCGAUCAUCCUCUGUCCAGACGGCUGCUGUGCGGCAUCUGACUGGUUCUGUUACCAAAACGCAGGGACUUCGUUUUGCUGUGGUUGUUGCACGGUUUAAUGAAAUUGUUACGAAGCCGCUAUUGGAGGGAGCUUUGGGUACUUUCAAAAAUUAUUCAGUUAAAGACGAGGACAUUGAUGUUGUGUGGGUUCCUGGCAGUUUUGAAAUUGGUGUUGUUGCAGCAAGACUGGGAAAAUCAGGCAAAUAUCAUGCAGUUGUAUGCAUAGGAGCUGUGGUAAGAGGAGAUACAACCCAUUAUGAUGCAGUUGCUAACUCUGCAGCAUCUGGAGUGCUUUCAGCUGGUCUCAAUUCAGGGGUUCCAUGCAUUUUUGGCGUCCUAACUUGUGAAGAUAUGGAUCAGGCCCUAAAUCGUGCUGGUGGAAAAUCUGGGAAUAAGGGUGCAGAGGCCGCACUGACUGCUUGAAUCAUGAAUUCGAAGUGUGACAAUAAUUAUCCAGAGAUUGCAAACAUUCUCAAUUAUUCAUGAACUUGGUAAAGAUCUAAGCAGCAUUGGUUGAAGAAAUGUCAUUUACCAAUUUGUUUGGCUGCUUGUAAAGUUUGCAGGCUUUUAAGUAGUUAUUUUGAGUAACGUGUCAUGAAUUGUGAUACAGAUUGAGAUGGCAUCUUUGUUUGAGCACCAUCUGAAGUAGUCAUAAUGCUCGUUACCAAUCUUGUAACUGUUCAUCUCAUGCUACUCUAUCAUAUCUUCUUAGCCUAUUACAGGCCACAACGAGCAGAAGAUGAUUCAAACUCCAUUUUGGUUUUAAAAAAUUUGAUAUCUACAUGGGCAUGCUGUUAAGUUGAAUAAUCGGGAAUCAAUUUUAUGCCGUUAUACAUUAUUUAUUUCUA